AAUAAAUGUUGAUUGAAUGUAAACCCCCCCCCCCCCCCCCCAAACCCCCGCGGCGCGUUCAACCUGCCGCAAUUGCCACAAGGGGGACGUUUGCACACAAUGUCAGUCAACGGGGUUUGUACAUAGUGGCCCCAUUGUCCCCCCACCCCCUCCCCGGCCGUGCAAUGCAUUGUGGACCUCGGGCUCACACCUAAAAAGCGGUGCAGGUGAAUGAAAAAGAGGGUCAGAUUUCGGUCUGGGUGGGGGGCAGAGGGGGUGUUAUCGCACUCUCUCAUUGCUUCACCGGAAGGAACCGGGGACUCUGCGAUGAGGAGGGAAGGCUGCCAGGUGUACUGCGUCUUCGGGCAAGGACGCUCCGGUUCCUCUGGGGUGCCGAAGGAAGAGGGGGUCCUGAAGGAGCCAUCCCAGCUUCCAAGCUCACCGACAAAGACUGAAGAGGCGCCAGGUCCGCCACCUGAAUUUGGUUGCCGCAGAAGAUGGGCAUUUGGACUGCUGCCAGUUUUGUCGUGCGUUGCUGCCAUGGCUUUAGCCGCCGUCUAUCUGACAUCGGCCCCACCCUCCUCCGUGUUCUUCCUUGGAUGCACCGUGGAGUUUCCCAACUUGAGCUUCUCCGCAGAACUCGCCGACUGUUCCUCGGCGCCGUUUCACCUGCGGGCGCGCUCUUUAAAGCCUUAUUUCUCCGAACUCUACAAGUCCUCCCCGUGGAGCUCUUACUACCUGCGCUCAGGGAUUGCUGCCUUCAGUGAAGGCACAGAAGGCCUCAACGUGUUCUACUGGAGUCAAUUCUCUGCCCCGGGCCACAUCGCCACGGCGAUACAGCAUUCCAGCCCUGAGAGGCUGCAGCGCUUGCUGCCGGGCAGCAACAAAGUUGUGUGGGAUGGACGACGGGAGCAGCGGUACUUCUUGAAGCAGGACGACGUCACGCUACACCUUCUGGGUUUGGAUCCCGAUGACUGGGAAGAAAAGUCCGAUAAAUUUAAGAAUCCAACCGGCCUCCAGAGCGGAAAGUGGCAGUUUGGCUUCCAAGCGGUGUCCUUCGACCUGUACGCUAAACACGGCGUGAACCGCACCCUGGUUCUGGUGAGUCCCAAGAAACUCUACUACCAGUGGCGCCUCCGUGUGCCGUCGGGUCACGCGGUCCACCUGGUGGUCCUCGUGCUUCACGGCGGCACCGCCGCCGCCACGCCGAGCUGCAGUGCUCACAUGAUGUCCGCCUACGACUUCCUGCUUCCUUUGCAGAAUAAGAUAAUCGCCAGGUGGUGCGGGCCUCACGCGACGCCGGGCUCCUCGCCCGCCAUGAGGUUGACGUCCUCGGGGAACGUCAUGCUGCUCACCUUCUCCUUCAGCCGCCAGAGGGAGGGAGCCGUCUUCAAAGCGUACUUCCAGGCUGUCCCCAAGGCAGGUUGUGGAGGAUCACUGUUCUCUUGGAAUGGCUCCGUUUCCUCACCGUAUCAUCCCUAUCACUACCCUCCUAACAUAGACUGCAGGUGGACACUCCGGGCACCGUUACCCGGGUACCUGAUCACCGUGACGAUUGUGACCCUGGACAUCCAGCAGUCGUCGGAUGGCUGCGAAAAGGACUGGCUGGACGUGGGCGGCGUCAAAUUUUGCAACCGGGUAUCGGACAACGGCAGAAGUCGGGUCUACUCCUCUCCCCUCUCCAUCCACUUCCACUCAGACGAAGCCGUGACUCACCGGGGUUUCUAUCUGCGCCACCGAGCCUUCUGGCCGCAGGGCUCCUGCCCGCCGCAUCACUUCAGCUGCAGCGACGACCGCUGCGUCCCUUUGAGGAGAGUGUGCGACGGCGUCAGGGACUGUGAGGACGGGCGCGAUGAGGCCAAAUGCUCGUCGUGCGGGCCCGGCCAGGUGUUGUGUGCUAAUGGCCAGUGUCACGCUCAAAGCAGCCAGUGUGGCGUCUGCGCAGACAGCAGCGAAGAGAGCGGCUGCAGAAGUAAAUGUUACCACACGUGUCCCAACAAAUUGUGCCUGCCCAAGUCUUCAGUGUGCAACGGCGUUGUGGACUGUCAAGACAGCAGCGAUGAGAUGAACUGCACCAGAGCAUGUGAGCAUUCGUGGGAAAGAAUCAUCAUUUUUCUCCCGCCGUUGGAUUUGUGGGUGUCUUUGUCCCUUCCCGCAGACGUCAAAGCUUGCUCGUCAUCCUUGUACAAAUGUGCCAACGGAAAGUGCGUGACAAAGCUCAACCCCGAGUGUGACGGAUUCAAAGACUGCCAGGACGGGUCUGAUGAGCUGCGGUGUGGUUGCGGCGUCCGGCCCCGAAAGAGGCCCAAGAUCGUCGGGGGCACUGACGCGUCUCCGGGCUCGUGGCCGUGGCAGGUGAGCCUCCAGAUGGAACGUUACGGCCACAUCUGCGGCGCCACUUUGCUCGCUACACGCUGGCUCGUCUCGGCGGCGCACUGCUUCCAGGACUCGGACUCCAUCAAAUAUUCCGAUCCACGCUCAUGGCGAGCCUACAUGGGGACGCGCUUGAUGGCGGCGGGAAAGAGCGCCUUGUCUGUCGCCAGCAGGCCGGUGCGCCGCAUCGUCCCGCACCCAAAAUACGAGCAGCUCACAUCCGACUACGACAUCGCCCUGGUGGAGCUCGCCGCCCCCGUCUUCUUCAACGAGCUGGUGCAGCCCGUGUGCGUGCCGGCACCCUCGCACGCCUUCGCCAUCGGGACCAGUUGCUUCGUCACAGGCUGGGGCGUCCUCACGGAGGAUGCCUGCCAGCCACUGCGAAGAAACCGGCGUGAAUUGAAAUUUGUGUGCGUGUUGAUGCCAGGGGAGCUGGCGUCUCGCUUGCAGGAGGCCUCUGUGCGAAUCAUAAACAGGAACACCUGCAACAAAUUUUACGAUGACGCCGUCACUCCCAGGAUGCUUUGCGCGGGGAACCUGCAGGGCGGGGUAGAUGCUUGCCAGGGCGACUCCGGGGGUCCGCUCGUGUGUCAGGAGCGCAACCGUCGCUGGUUCCUGGCCGGCAUUGUGAGCUGGGGCGAGGGCUGCGCCAGGCAGAACCGUCCCGGCGUCUACACGCAAGUGGUCAAAUUUGCCGACUGGAUCCAUCAGCAGACCCGAGGUCAGGCCUGACCCGAUGCCAACAAGAACCAGGAAAACACUUUUGGAGGGUCUGUUGCGGAUUGAAAAAAAAAUUAAAAAAACACAAGUCACUCAAACGUGUUUCUUUGUUGCACUGUGGUGAUUUUAAAUAGAAA